AUGAAAUUUGGAAAAAAGAAAGAGAAGGAAGAAGACUCUCUAAGUCCAAAUGGUAGCAAUGAUUCAUCGUCUGCAACCAGUACAGCAGCAUCACCACAACCACCAACGAAUGUCAGUGCACCCAGUGGAAAGGUGUUUGGAUCUAGACUGAUAGACAACAUGGAGAUACCACCAAUCAUUAUUCAAACCAUAGAGUAUUUAGAAGCGAAUGCACUUCAAACUCCUGGAAUAUUCAGAGAGAGUGGAUCACAACAACAGAUCAUGCAAUAUCGUACAUUGUUCGAACAGGAGAAGCCAGUGGUUUUCCAACCUCACGAAUGUCAUGUCGUUGCAUCCAUCCUUAAAUUAUAUCUUCGUGGACUGCAAGACCCACUUUUAUCUUUUGAAAAUGUAUGCUUAAACAUUACAUAUACUCAUCAUUCACAGUUGACUAAAACUCCUGAUUUAAAUUUAGUAUAA